AUGAUAUUAAUGAACAAGACCUUGAGUAAGUCACCUCCUUUGUCUUUAGCACGUCCUCUCAGGCUAUUUGUGUUGAGGCUCGCUCAUUCUAGAAAUCUGAUGGCUCUCAAUAAUGUUCCGAUGAUCGCCAAUACCAAAUCAUAUACGAAUGCCGUGAUGGAAAGGUUAUCUAGGCUACAGACAUGCUUUUAUUUCAAGAGAGGUGAAAUUGAAGUACUCAGUAGCCCCAGCUCAUUUUACAACACCUUGAAAGAGAAAAUUUUAUCCGCUGAGGAGAGAAUUUUCAUUGCAUCACUUUACAUUGGAACCUCACAGCAGGAAUUAAUGUCAUGCAUCUCCACAGCCCUAGAUGCAAACCCUCGUUUGAGAGUUUACUUUCUGGUGGAUGGGCUUCGUGGCACCAGAGAGGCACCAGGUAACUGCUCUGCUUCGCUGCUAUCGAAGCUUGUGAAAAAGCAUAACGCUAGAGUCGACGUUCGUCUUUAUAGGACGCCCGAGUUGACAAAAAUAAAAGAAUCGUUAAUACCUAAACGAUUCAAUGAAGGAAUUGGGCUGCAGCACAUGAAAAUAUAUGGAGUCGAUGACGAAGUGAUUCUUUCGGGGGCCAACUUGUCCACCGAUUACUUUACCAAUCGCCAAGACAGAUAUUAUCUCUUUAGGUCGCAAUUAUUCGCCAAUUACUAUUUCAAGUUACACCAGCUUGUAAGUAGCAUGAGUUAUCAAGUACACUACUCUGAAUCGGUACAAAAAUUCAAGAUGUUGUGGCCAAGAGAAAACGUCGGGGUUGAUCCUCGGCUUAACAGACAAAAGUUCCUCACAUCAUGUUCUAUGGCUUUAAAAGAUUUUCUUCUGAAACCAACAGAUUCAGACGCAAUGCAAACGAAUUUAAGCGGCGACUACAAGACAGUCGUAUACCCAAUUUCACAGUUCACACCAUUGUUCCGGGGCACUAAAGACUACUCCACCGAGAAAGUAAGCAUUCUAAAUCUGCUUUCAUGCAUACCAAACAGCUCUGUAACAUGGACAUUUACUGCAGGCUAUUUCAAUAUGCUCUCUGAAAUCAAAGAUAUGCUGCUAAAUACCCCCUCUAGACAAGGCAAGGUGAUCACGGCGUCACCCCAAGCUAACGGCUUUUUUCAAUCUAAAGGCAUUUCAAGGCACUUGCCAGAUGCAUAUUUACAUUUAUCUCAUAAUUUCAUUAAAGAGGUCAAAGAAUGUGGCAGAGAGUCUCAGAUAUCGUUAAAUGAAUGGAGAAAGGGUAUCGUAAACACUCCAAAUGGUUGGUCAUAUCAUGCUAAAGGGAUUUGGCUUUCGGAUAGCGAUACUGAGGACGAUAGACCCGCUGUGACGGUAAUAGGAUCAUCAAACUAUACAAGAAGGGCGUACUCGGUUGAUUUGGAGUCGAAUGCUGUCAUUGUAACCAAGGACUCGGAUUUGAAGGAUAAAAUGCAAGAGGAAGUUGACAACCUAAUGGCUAAUACAAAAGUAAUCACUACUCAUAACUUUGAGGCCGAGCACGAGCGGCAAGUAAGCUUAGGAGUUAGAGUGGCAACGAAAAUAGUAGGGAAGAGACUAUGA